CGGUGUUUCCCAGUUCGCUGCGUUUUCCUGAUCCCUCGUCACAUGGUUUGUCGUUAACGUGCCGAGAACAGGCCCUUCCUUGGACUCAGACUGCCAUCUGAAAUUCAAAUGGACGUGUGCUGGAGGCAAGGCAGAGCGGAGUCACGGGGGACCUUCCUCAACUCGGAGUCGGAAGCAGUAACACAAGGGCAAAAUAAACAUAAGGAAGGAGGAGGAAGCGACUGCGAUGUGUGCGCGACGUCUUCAGGUCAUGGAAGAAGUUUUUUUUUUUUGGGACACUUCGCUUUUUUGAGGUCGCUUCUGGUUUAGUAUAUUACGAAUUGCGAAAAUAAAUGAACGCCGCAGUUAUUCGUAAAAUUGUAGCCCCUCUGGCAAACAACUACCACACCUUUAUCAUCAGUGUAACAGGUAAAGGUUUUCGGUUAAAGCGCUUUAUCAUAUAAGAGCUCAAGUUUUUCCUCUCACCUGUUGCGCGGAUCUCAAUAUAGACGGAUUGAACGUUUGGACAAUAUGAAGACACAUCUUUAAAAGAUAAACAGUUCUCUACACAACUGUCCAGAUGGGUUGCAGUUGCUGUAGGAUGAUAAAAGGUUACAUCUAUGACCCCUCAGUCCCAGUAGAUGUUCCUGGUCGGAAGCGGGACCCCACCGGCAGCUCUCUGUAUCAGUCUCACACAUUCCCCGAGGAGGCGGGCCACAUCCACAAGAAGCAGGGCUUCCACAACCUGGGAUACAGCACCCAGCCCAGCCCAACCAAACUCGACAUAGACAACAACCACAUCAACCGGCUCCAUGCUAAUAUUCCAGGCGAGCAGAUCCGAUCGAGCCCAGCGGAGACUGACCCGAGCCUUUACAUCCUCCAGCCCGAGGGUGAGGGGACGCCCAUAAAAGCUGCUCCAAACUUACACGCCAACCAACCCUUACAGAACGAGCUGAUGUUGGGAACGGAGCCUGGUAAGAGGGAGGAGAGAUUCCGAGACUCUGGCCUGGGCAGCGGGGGGAUAACAGACGGGACAGAGGGAUCGGAUGGUUAUCCCUAUGGACAAGAGGAAGAAGACGAGGACAGGAAGAGCAGGCUGGCCGGUACUCCGGACACAGCCGAUGAGGAAAGCGUGCUGUCUGUGGACAUGCACACCAGCAGUACAAGCCUUUCCUCAGCAGACACAAAGCUCAUGGUAGAGGACAGAGAAGAGAAAGAGCCCUCGAUUGUGAUAGGAGAGCAAGAGAGAGAGAAAGAGAUGGAUUGUGUGAGCGUCACCGAAUCAAUGGUGGCUGAGGCUUUGGCCGCCCUGGACGCAGCGACUGCGGGAGAAGAUUCUGAGUGACGGUCAGGUGAUGCAAUACUUGAUGGGAGAUUUCCAUACUCGCUCUCUCUCUCCACAUUUGAAUACAGCCAAAUUAUAGCGCUCAUAAAAUGGAGCUUUCCCUACAGUCUGUUUGUAGGUACUUUCAUUUUGAAUGGAAAAAAAUCAAAUGAAGACUUGAUAACAGGAACUGCUGCUUGUUUACACAACACAAAUUGACUAUUUAUGAGAUGUACUUGAGCAAAUGACUCAUCUGUGCGAUUCGGAGACAUGGACAAACUCCAUUCUCAGACCAAACAGAACAGAUUGUUGGGUGAUAUUAUUAUUUUUUUGUCUUUCUCUGUGCUGUUUGCGUAUACACUACAGCAUAAUAAUAAUCAAAUAAGCUGUUUCUUAUCGUCAAAUAUUAUUUCAACGUGAUGAAAGCCCUCUCCUUCUGUAGCUUCUGUGUGGAGGUCGGGCUAAAUCAAAGCACUACAUCAUUAUUUUCAUACAUUUUCUAUACAAAGAAGUGGUGAAAAGCAAAUAAGCCAGUGUCCUGGGGUGGGGUUACUUCUGUGCUUAUUGCACUUUUAGAGAUGUUAUAUAAUUAUCAAACUGCUUAAUACAGUGAAAUCAAGCUCAGUCAACUUAGUUUCAACAGAUCAAUAUGCUAUUUCUUGCUUGUUACACUGUGAAUAUAUCAUAUACCCUCAUAGAGCUGUAGGGCGACAUGUGCUUUAUUUGUACACAUAAAUGUACAGCAAGAAAUGGAAGGAGAUUGUGGGUGAAUCUCAUGAAAACAGAUUUCAACCUGAAACAACAAAAAGGGAAAUUUUAUUUUGCAUAAAAAUGCA